AUGCAGGCCACUGCAGCGGUAGAGACAGAUUCUGAUAGAAACUACCACAAAACUAGAGGACACUUCCAAAAUGACAAACUUUAUAAUCCUCAGAAAGAAAAUAUGUUAUUUACCAACGGUUACAGCGAAGUUAAAUUGACCUUUCCUAAUGGUGAAGGGGACUCCUUGGCAACAGAAGAAAGAGCUAGUGACAAAGAGGAUGGCAGUGUUAACCAGAGAGAUUUAUCAGAAAGUCAAGAUACUAAUGUAGAGAAUAUUUUCUCCCAGUCAAGUGAAUUUGAAGACAGUUUUGACUAUGCUUUUUUGAAUGAGACCUAUUCUAUCCAUUAUUCAGAAUCAAAACUGAAGGAUGAAAAUCUUUUGCAUUUAUAUUCAGAAUUACAUCCUGAGGUACACAAAAGAGUAGAGAUGUUUUUUGACACUUCAGGACCUCAAGAUAAUAAUAGCAUUGGAUUGAGACAGAGCCCUGAGGCUUCAGGUGCUGACUAUGCAGACAUGCAGAAGAGUGACAUGGACGAGGACUCGCAGCAGGAGUACUACAGUGCAGAGCUGGAGUACAUAAGUGCACACUUGUCGUUCAACCCAGCAAAGACAGUGAGCAGGUCCAGUCUGGGUAUUAGUGAGUUGAAAACAUCAAGCCAUGGCUUUAAAUGUGGUGACAAUUUAGAAGAUAAUCAUAGUAAAUUAGAGAGUGGUCCUAGCCCCUCUUUGGAGUCACUUAAUGGUUUUGCACAAGAACGUUCACCUCAAGUCUCUAUAUCUCAGAGUUCUGAUAUGUUAAAAGAAUAUCAUGAGCAGAAAUAUGAAAAAUACAAGGAACAAGAAGUUGGUUUAACGUAUCAUAAAGCAUUUGAUGAUGUUUUACAGAAAAGAAGUUCUCCCUUUAACCCCCAGAAAGUACCUGAAACUCAAGUAUAUACUAAAGAAAUGAAAUCUCAGACAAUUGAAAGUAAAAACUUUUAUGGAAAUAGAAUUUUCCAGAACAAAGCAUCACAGCACCCUGAGAAUGCCAUCAUGUUUCCCCAAGAGCAAGCCCUCGAGACACACUUGAAGGCUAAUGGUGCUCACCAGCCUUCUGGGCCUUACAUUCUAGAUGAUUCAGUCAUUUCUCUCUGUGGCUCUUUGCAAUACAAAAGCCUCCCUGAGCCAGGCUUUUUCUGUCCUGUGAUACCACGGGUGGCAGUCACAGACAAUCAGGCAGAAGUAGAAGGCAGCUGCCUACACCAUGUACAAGGCAGUGCCACAAGUAAAACAUGCUCUCUGAUGAAAGAAAUGUGUCUUACGUCAGUGCCAGAAGUUCAGCAGACACUGGGUGUGGGCAGCAGAGCAAAUGUAAACUCUUCUGUAGUGUCUACAUCAAGCAACACAGAGACAAAGAUGGUGAGGCAGAGUCAACCUGAGGAGUGGCAAAGUGACAAACAAAGCGUGGCCUGUAACACCGACUGGUCAUGUGGACAGCAGUGCAGAGAUGCACAGCCAGCUGCCCCAGGAAGUGACUCCGGAAGGCUAUUCUCAGCUGGCUGCUUAAAGCCUAGUGGGAACUCCCUGAAUGAGAACUCCUUGGAAUUGAGAAAAAUAUUUGAUGCCACAGACAGACAGAAACAUCCUGAGAGGGCAUUUCAGCUUUGGGAAGAGAAGACUUUGCCAUCAAAGUGCUGUGAGAAGACCACUGAGAGGGCCAUGAAGGCGGAGAUGCACCUUCUGGACGUUUGCUACCAGAUGUGCCAGCGCCACUGUCGCCACAUUUACAAACUUGUAAUGGAAAGUAGAGCAGGACUCAAUAGGAAUUUACCAACUGAUUCUGCCAAGAGGGAAUUAGGCUCAGUACUGCUGUCUGUUCUGGGAGACUUGAAAGUUAGGUACAUGAACUUGAAAGAAAAAGUCCAUAAGGGCAUACCACUGGAAGAGCUGCCUCCACUGUCGAUGGAGUCCAAACUGUUAUCUGCCUUCUCCAAUUUUACUUCUGGGCUAAUGAAAGAAGAAACAUGCAGCCUUUCAGGAACAAAUUCUGAGCGAGAUAAUCAAAGUCUACCUGAUGUUGAUGUCUCUCCAAGCCUACUAAAGACAUUGUCCCAGAUGUCUUUUAUAUCUGACAAUAGCCAUCCUAAGCAAGAUAAAUCACCCAUGAACAAUGUUUUUAAAAAUUGUGAUAUAAACAUAGACUUUAAUCAACUGAAGCUCAAUAACAAAGAGUGUAAAACCAUCCACGAAGCAAGUGAAGACUGGUUUGAUGCCACAGAGAAGCUGACUGGAGCUGACUUCUCGGUAACUCAAGAAAACACAGCAGAAUAUGAGGAAUGGGAGCCAAAGAAUUCAUUAGAAUUGAAGAAUACUGAACUGCUUCGAAGAAGUAAAGGCUUUUUGGUCCAUGUUGGUGGUCUUUGCCCUUCUGUAUCGGAGGCUGAUUUAAGGUCUCAUUUUGAGAAAUACCAAGUUUCUGAAAUUUCAAUUUAUGAUUCUCCUACUAAUUACAGAUAUGCAUCUCUUGCGUUUGUAAAAAACAGUAAUGCAAAGAUGGCUGUGAAGGAAAUGAAUGGAGUUGAAAUCAAUGGAAAGUCUGUGAACGUGCGGCUUGUGAAAAUCCCUGGAGAGCACAUACCUCCACCUCUGUCCUCAACCGGGAAUAGCACUGGUGUGAGUCAUUUGGAGAAAAAUAGCAACAAAGAUGCCACCUCUGCUUCUUCCACUUGUAGACUGCCCAGAGCUAGAUCAAGGCAGCUGGAGUCUGAGCAAGACAGUGAGUUUCCUCCCUUGGACCAGGGUGUCAAGAAAAAUUGUAACCAGAUCAAAUCUGGUCAGUUAUUACCUGAGACACCUUUUCAGUUCAUACCUCCAAAUACAUUAAACCUUCGUAGCUUCACCAAGAUCAUGAAGAGACUGGCUGAACUGCAUCCAGAUAUCAGCAGAGACCACAUUAUAGAGGCUCUUCAGGAAGUGAGGAUAAAUCACAAAGGUUUUCUGAAUGGUUUGUCCAUCAACACCAUUGUAAAAAUGACUUCAUCUUUUCUGAGAAACUCUGCUUCCCGUUUGAAAUAA